AUGGCUGGCUCGAAAGGAUUUGUGGAAGCUGGGGAGUGUGAUCAAGGUUUGGAACUUCCAUUGAUGAAGUCUGAGGACAUACUGUUUGCCACCAACAGCUUCUCUGAUUCAAAUAAGCUUGGAAAAGGAGGGCUCGGCAUAGAUUACAAGGGUAAGCUUCCUGGGGUACAAGAAAUUGCUGUCGAAAGACUUGUUAGUGGAAGAUCCAGGCAAGGUGUAGUAAUGGAGUUCAAGACAGGUCGUUCUGAUCGCCAAGCUACAGCACAGGAACUUGGUUGCUGCAUCCAUGGCGAAGAGAAGCUCCUUGUCUAUGAGUACAUGCCCAACAAAAGCUUGGACUUCUUCCUCUUUGGUCUGUUCCUUAAGAUGGCUCACUCUCUCGAUCAUUCUUGA